AUGUCUCAACAUUCCUCAGAUGCUCUGAAUACUUCUCCGGGUCUUUUACAGAUCGGCAAGGAACUCGGAAGAUCGGAAGCAUCCUCUAUCUUUGAGGUAGAGAUACAAGGAACUCGCUAUGCAAUGGAAGUAUUUCAUGACAACGGUGACCCGGGAUUCACAGAGAAGGGCUGUGACUUGAACCGUUUUCGCUGCGAAUUGAGAGCGUACCGAAACCUACGACUUUUUGGUGUAUGCGAUCGUGGAUCAGUUCCGUACUAUCAUGGUUAUUUUGAUCGACUUGAUCCAGCCCGUUUCCAACCGCAUCUCAAUCACUUUGUGGACGACGUAAACAACCCGAGUGCUAUAUUACUCGAGUAUUUGGAGGAUACAGAAGAGCUUAACUGUGUGAACUAUUCAGAUGACCGCUUUCGAGUGGUCAUUCGCGGGCUGAAGGAGAUCCACGGUGCUCUAGUUCAUCACCGCGACAUAUAUCCGAAGAAUAUUCUCAUCGUCCGUGGACCACCGGAGAGAGUCGUUUGGAUAGAUUUCGAUGUUGCAGUAACCUUCCCAGAUAAACAAUCCGUAAACUCUCAGGCGGAGGGAUACUUUGACUACGAGGUGAAGCUCGCUGCAAGCUUUGGAGAUCUUUUGAGAGAAGAUCAAAAGGAAGGUCUCCCUCCAAAUACGAAGUUCUACUGA